CUCUGACCCUCUGCACUGCGACCGGUCAAUCUUGCUCGCCCUCGCUCUUUCAAUACUAUGGCCAAGAAGAACGCAAACUCCGAGCAACGCAUCAAAAAGGAUCCACGCAAGCGCACGGUAGACAUCCCAGGACUCCCUCAGGACUAUGCCAUUGAGCCCGAGCGGACGCUAGAGGCCAUUCCGGGCGCUAACAAAACGUUCACGGUGGACUGUGGGCAUGGUAAUGUGGCUAAGUUCGUGGACGGCCGCUGCAUCUUCGAAGGCAGGGGUGGAGAGGUCUGCAAGAAGAAGACAUCAUUCGACCGCAAAGGUGACUGGAUAAGGCACUGUGGGAAGCAUUUGGCGAAGGAACUCACUGGAGGAGGAGAAGUACGCGAAAUUCACGUACCCCAGUAG